CAAUUUCUCCGCGCCCCGACACGGGACCUCAACCCUUCGCGCAUCCAUCCCGAUCCAGUGUGGUAUCUUGACGACUGACAGCGCCGCUAUUCCCGCUUAUCGUCUGCCAUUGGGUCUGUCACCACCCGGCCCUUUUGCCCAAUAACACAACCUCCAGUUAUAAUGAGGUCUACAUUCCGGUUGCUGGCCGGCGUGAAGCCGGCUCGCUACUUGGAGCCUUUCGCUCCCACCGGCUUGACCGGUAUCGUCACUCACCCUAGUCCUCGCCCGACCCUGAUCUUCCUCUACAAGUCCACCCUGGAUAAGCUGAAGGCCUUCCCCGAGUCUUCCGUCUACCGCCAGUCUACCGAAGCAUUGACCCGCCACCGUCUGCAGAUUGUCGAGUCUACGAAGCCGCCCGGAUUUGAUGCUUGGUUGGAGCGUGUGAAGAAGGCUGUCGCUGAAGAGCCCGAGCGUUUCGCCUCCCUUCGCCGUCCUGACGGUACAUAUGCCGCCUGGCAGCGUGAUGACGGUUCCGACAACCCCCGCGGUGAGGAAUGGAAUGGAGAGAGCAUCGAGCCUACUACCGAGGGCCCCGCUCGUACGGCAGAGGAAGAAGCUCGGUGGCACAAGGCCAUUGAGGAGUCUACCAAGCCCACUGCUGAAUCAGACUUCUACACCGCACAGAUGAAGUGGGAGAAUGAGCCCGCCCUGGAGGCUGAGCAGAUUGCCGAAAUUGAGAGACAGAUUGGCGCCGGCCUGAUCGAAGAGGUCAUUGAGGUUGCUGAAGGCGAGUUGAAGGUUGUUGACGAGCUGUACAAGACAUCCGCUUGGGAGGAGCUUUCGGAGAAGCCCAGACCCGGUCAGUGGUCUUACUUUGAGCGCAAGACCGAGUAAGCAUAGAAUGUUUUCUCAUGAAAGGAGGGUCUGAAACUAGAUUCCAAUCUGCUUGUAAUUAUUAUCUUACGGUUGUGUGAAACAAAAUUCGUUGCCAAUGCCAGGCCAAUUUUCUUUUAUUGGGGAUCUACUCUUAUAUAUGUAGUAUCAAUCGCCGUAAUGACUGCCUAC